GCGGUUAAAUAGCCCCUCAUAAAAAAUCUUCCACUAACGUCAUAUUCUCUUCAGUCCUUUUUCUUUAUUCCCUUGCUUGGAUUUUUGUUUUUUUAAUACGUAAUCGCCAAUGCCGGCGCUCCAGGAGGAGAGUAGUGGGGUGUGGACUCCAUCGAUUCGCGAUGAGGCACAGGGGAAGUCUUCUGUCUAGGGUUUCUUCACCGUAUUCAUCUGCAAAAAUGAAACAAAAGAAGAUUUUUGGGAUAUCCUUAUCCCUUAUUCUGAUCAACAUGGCAUCAAUAAUGGAGCGUGCUGAUGAAAAUCUUCUUCCAGCUGUUUACAAAGAAGUUAGCCAAGCUUUUCAUGCUGGUCCAACUGACCUUGGCUAUCUUACUUUCAUAAGAAACUUUGUUCAAGCAUUAUCAUCUCCAUUGGCAGGGGUGUUGGCUCUUCACUAUGACCGUCCAUCUGUCCUUGCACUUGGCACUGCAUUUUGGGCCUUGUCAACAGCUGCAGUGGGAGUUAGUCAGCAUUUUCAUCAAGUGGCAUUUUGGAGAGCAUUAAAUGGCUUUGGAUUAGCCAUCGUGAUUCCAGCGCUCCAAUCUUUCAUUGCAGAUAGUUACAUAGACGGCUCACGAGGUACAGGGUUUGGCAUGUUGAACUUUGUAGGUUCAGUUGGAGGGAUAGGAGGUGGUGUGGUAGCAACAAUUAUGGCUGGGCAACAUUAUUGGGGCAUCCCUGGAUGGCGAUUUGCCUUCAUCAUGAUGGCAACAUUGAGUUUAAUGAUUGGAGUUCUUGUGUUUUUAUUUGUUGUUGAUCCCAGAAAAGCCUCUGGGAUUGCCGUUGGAACUUAUGAAGACUCUGAGAGUUCUGUUCAUCUGUUCCAAACCAGUUUGCUCGGGAAAGUCGCGCCGUUUUCACCUUCUAUCUGGACUGAUUCCUGGUCUGCAAUGAAGAGCGUCAUGAAAGUCAAGACAUUUCAGAUAAUAGUCCUGCAGGGAAUUGUUGGUUCUUUGCCAUGGACUUCCAUGGUGUUCUUUACCAUGUGGUUUGAACUCAUUGGUUUUGAUAACAAGAACUCAGCCGCCCUCACCAGCCUCUUCGCAAUCGGCUGUGCCUGCGGUUCUUUCCUCGGAGGAUUCCUCGCCGACCGAGCCUCCAUUUUCUAUCCCGACAAAGGCCGAAUCAUCUGCGCGCAGUUCAGCGCCUUCAUGGGCAUCCCUUUCUCAUGGCUCCUCCUUUCCCUCAUUCCUCAAUCAGUUAACAGCUUUGCGGCCUACGCCGUGACCCUCCUCCUCAUGGGGAUCACAAUCAGCUGGUGCGCUUCCUGUGCGAAUAACCCCAUGUUCGCCGAAGUCGUCCCGACGAAGCAUCGAACGAUGAUCUACGCCUUCGAUAGGGCUUUGGAGGGCUCCUUCUCUUCUUUUGCUGCUCCGGCGGUCGGAAUGCUAACAGAGAGAGUGUAUGGUUACGAUUCUAAUCUUGCAAAUGCUUCAGUUGAUCAGGCAAUUGCGCUUUCGAGAGGUUUGUUGUCGAUGAUGACCGUGCCUUUUGGGCUCUGCUCUUUGUUUUAUACUCCAUUGUAUGUUGUGUUCAGGCGAGAUCGCGACAGUGUGAGGACAGCAGGUGUGAAGGAGCAGGAACUGAUUUAGGUUUCGGUUGAAACAGCAGCUUUUUUACUGUUUUUUAAAAUAAAUUUUUAUUAUAAAAAUUUUUUUGAAUGAAAAUUUUUGUACUGAUUAAAAUAGUUGUCUCAAAUAAAAUCUUAGUGAAAUAAAUUGAUGAUUGUUACAUUUAUAAUCCAAUUCAAUAUAAUAUUUGUGAAGGGAUUAUUCAUUG